CCCUCCCCUAACAACCGUGACCCUGGUUAGCCUGCCAGGCGUCAGAGAGAACAACCGGAUGGCUGUUAUCAAGUCUGUCGGACCGGGCCUAGAAACGUUAAACCUAUGCUAACCAGCGUUAUACCGUGAACCUGGUUAACCUGCGAGGUUUUUAAAAAAAAAUCCAGGAUAUAUUCUCCGGGCCUGCUCACAGUUCCCACAGUCUAAGCAGGGAUUCCAGUCCGAUAGCAUCUAGUCAAGCAGACGUCGAAGAACCGAAGCACUCCCCAGUACCGACCCUCAUCCAACAGUAUACCUCAUCAUGUCGGUACCCAAGAUCUACUACUUUGGCGUCGUGGGCCGGCCGGAGAUAACCAAACUUGUGUUAACUGCUGCGGGGAAACCGUUUGAAGAUAUCCAAUUUUCCAACGAGGAAUGGGCAAAGACGUACAAACAAA